GCCGCGAUAUUUCAUCUUCGAAGAGUCGACAAUGAGGAGUACCGUUGGUCAGCGUCACUAGCUUCAACAACACCGUAAAUAAUCGGUGCGUUUUCACUCCGCACCGCCGGUUUCAACUCUCGGAGCGGCUCCACCCGGUUCUGUUCAUCCCGGAGAAGAAGCGCGACAGUUUAUAGCUGUUUAUCCGCCUCCAGCUGUCGAGCGUUCAUCCACCGAGAAGUUAUCCCGGGUUAAAUUAGCUAGCUUCGUGGCACGCAAUAGGUCACGCAGCUUCUUGUUGACAGCCGAGUCUGGUGUCUUUCCUCUCCCGCCGCCUCAUCCAGCGGGUCCGCAGACUUUAACGGUUACACGGACGAUGGUUUUACUGAAAAACCUCCGUCCUCCCACCGAGGGAGUGCGACAUGAGCAAGCCGAGACCACGGCGGUGAUGGACGGCCAGAAGGUGGGCUGCGGCACGCUGUACGUCGCGGAAACGCGCCUGUCGUGGUUCGAUGGCUCGGGGAUGGGUUUCUCUCUGGAGUAUCCCACCAUCGGCCUGCACGCCAUCUCCAGAGACGUCAGUGCUUACCCGCAGGAACACCUGUACGUCAUGGUCAACGGCAAACUGGGGGGUGAGAAUGAGGCAGAAAUGGCAGAGAAAGGAGCUGAUGAUGAAGACGAUGCCAGCAGUAACAGCAGCAGCGGUGAUGAUGAUGAUGAAGAAGGAGCGAUCACAGAGAUUCGAUUUGUGCCCAGCGACAAGGCGGCAUUGGAGACCAUGUUCUCAGCGAUGUGUGAGUGCCAGGCGCUGCACCCCGACCCAGAGGACGAUGACUCAGACAACGACUUCGAAGGAGAAGAGUACGACGUGGAGGAGGCCGGUGAGGAGCACGGCCACGCUGACAUCCCAUCCUUCUACACCUGCGAUGAAGGUCUGUCGGCGCUCACGCAGGAGGGCCAGGCCACGCUGGAGAGGCUGGAGGGGAUGUUAGCCCAGUCCGUCGCUCAACAGUACCACAUGGCCGGGGUCCGAACCGGAGAAACCAACGCCGAAUUUGAAGAUGGUAUGGAGGUGGAUGCAGCAGCGAUGGAGGCCGGUCAGUUUGAGGAUGCAGACGUCGACCACUGAUGGAAGUCAUUUCAGCAGCCAAUCAAAGCUCCAGUGUUGCAUCGUGGGGAUGGAGAAGAGGACAUCAGCACUUCUUUAAGGCUCUCAGCUCUUACUCGUACUCUCUUCCUGUUCUCACACAAACCUUUGCCAAUGUACUUACAGUCAUCUCGGUAGUCUUUUGUAGCUUCCUGCGUUUUCUCUUUGUGCGUUGCUUUGUAGGUUUUCUGCUCGUCCUUCAUCUUUUGAACAUGCUGCGUUCAGCCAGCUCAGCUACUGUAGACUAUUGAGAUGCAGCCCCAGAUCCUGUUGUUGACUGUAAAAACAAAACACGGAGUUUAUGUUUAUGUUUUGUACCUAACGACCAAUUUAAUAUCUGAUUUUUCCUUCUGAGGAGAGUUAUUGUCUUUGUAUGAAAUUGUCAAUAAAUGCAUAGUUUUUGUA